AUGUUCCCCAGAAAUUCAUCGAUAACACGACAUAACGGCAGCGUCUACGAUCAACCGAACCACUCUGCAAUGCUCCAACAAUCGACUCCGACUUCAAAGGGCAGGCGAUCGUCAGCCGGUUGUAUAGGCUGUAGGUUACGUUGUAAGAAGUGCAGCGAGGAGAAGCCGCAUUGUACCAACUGCUUGCGCAACGCCAUCCUGUGCACAUGGCCCGAAGUUGGCAACAGGGAACACGCCCAACUCUUGCGGAGAACGAAUCCCACUCGUGGGCGCUCGAGAUCUUCCAAGUCGGGUCGUACAAUAACAGAUUCGCGAGUUGUAUGGUUACAAUCAGCCGCCGUCGUUUCCAAAGACGAUCAAGGGGACCAUGAAAGGACUCUGACCGAGAUUCUGGGGAGUCUUCGUCGAUCCAUCGAUCUCGAUUUCGUCUCAUCAAGGGGGCCCAUGAGAGCCCCGGAGUCUCGCAGUCUUUUCCAUCACUAUGUCCAUCGCACGAACAAAGUCAUGGCCGUGUGUCAGGGCAACAAGAACCCAUUUCUGGCGGAGCUCAUACCCAUGGCCAUGUCGAACGAUCUAAUUCUGCAUGCCUUGCUGCCACUAAGUGGUGUUCAUCAAGCGGAUCUAUCUGGAUUUCCAGUUGACCAUUUGACAUGGGUACACUACGGCCAGGCAAUCCAGUGCCAGAAGUUCGGGCUGACUUUGAUGGCUCAAGGGGACAAAGAGCCUCUUGUGCCGCUUUUGGUAACCGCCAUCAUUCUAUGUGCUACCGAGACAUUCAGACUCAAUGCAGGAGCUCAAGCCUUGUCUCAUCUGAAAGCCGUUCGCGUGCUUCUUCAUGAGGCAUCAAGCCUGUCCAACUCUCAACUCGGGCCCGAGACUCGAGCUUUCCUCAAGGAAAGAUGCGCAUACAUCAUGACUCUUGCGCACAUCAGCAUGGGGCAGGAAUCAGACCAAUGGGUGCAGGACGAUAUUCCGCAGCUUUUCCCAAUGUCAGAAGCCGAGCCAGAAAGUCAGUUCAUGUCUGGCUGUGUGCACCAGCUUUUCGGCCUCGUUCCUAUAGUGUCGGUGGUUGCUCGGAGGGCAUGA